CCGUACAACCUGAGCGACUUCACGGAGAUUACAUCAGCCAAACCCCUACACGACCAGCCCUUGCCAUUCCGACUGCCAUUCUUUGGCUUCUGGUAUCACUAUAUUUGGAUCCAAAGGGACGGCUACCUGGCCUUCAAUAAGGGUUUACUGUCGUACAAGUUUCCCGUGAAGUUCCCGUUCGUACCCAAGGAUAAC